AUGGAAGCGCAGAAUGGCUCUGUUCUUAAACAAGGCUUUUUGGUCAAAAGGGGUCACAUGGUUCACAACUGGAAGGUUCGGUGGUUUGUCCUGAAAGCCGAGCAGCUGCUUUACUACAGGUACGAGGGGGGAAAGCGGGACUCGUGCCACAGAGGGAGCAUCCCGUUACACGACUGUGAGAUCACCUGUCCGUACCUGGAAUAUGAAAACAGACCGUUGGUUCUGAGACUGAAGACCAAGACGUCAGAGGAGUACUUCCUGGAGGCGUGUUCUCGGGAAGAGCGGGACGAGUGGGCCGCGGAGAUCGACGUGGCCGUGAGGAGACUGGGCUCUGGGGACACAAAAACUCCGUCUCCGGCUGUGCGUAAACCUUCACAAUCGCUGCAGCUCCACAAGAUUAACCUCAGUCAGGUGGUGGACUCCAUGUAUGAUGUUCACAGCGGCAUUAAGAUGAGCAGCCAUGUGGAGCAGGGCAGCACCUACAUCAACUGCUUCUCAGGCUCGGCAGUAGUGGACUGGUUGGUGUUCACUCAGAUGGCUCUGACUCGGGUGGAGGCCGUGACUCUGGCGUCGGCUCUGCUGGAUGAAGGCUGUGUGAGAGCGGUGGGAGUGAAGAGUGUAGCCGCCGUGAGGAACGCCGCUCUUGGAGAACAGUUCCUCGAUGAUUCUUCGGCUCUCUACAGCUUCGCUGAGAGUUUGAAGAAGAGGGGGAGUGUGAAGUCAGAGAAGUCUGUAUCUGCGGUGGAGCUGAGUGGAAGAGUGCAGAAGAGAGGAUACCUGGUCAAACAGGGACACAACGUGAAGAACUGGAAGGUGCGACUCUUUGUGCUGAGGUCAGAGCCAGGUUUCCUGCACUACUACGACCCGAGCAAGGAUGAAAUCACUCCUGUCGGCGGGAUCUCUUUACGCGGCUGUCUGAUUUCUUCUCUGGAUGACAAUGGCAUCCCCUCAGGCGUGAAAGGUAAAGUCCAGGGGAACCUGUUUAAGAUCAUCACUCAGAUGGACAGACAUUACUUCAUCCAGGCUCCCACACACCAGGAGAAGAUGGAGUGGAUUGAAGCCAUCAAGCAGCAAACAUAAAGACGUCAUUAGUUAAACAGCAGCGUCGCAGAGCGGUUCAGGCUUUCACACCCAGAUUAGAUGUCCUGUGUGAUCAUGCUCGGGCGCUUUGGAGCACUGAGUAUUACAAUCCACAAUAUUCAGCUUAAAUUCACAACCUUUUUUUUCCAUCCAGACGUAUUUAAAGUUGAAAGCGGAUGUUAUUUACACAACACAAUAAGCUCAGCACCAGUUCAUUCUGAUCCAUGCUCAUGGGCUUUGCUAGUUCCUCUAAACACCAUCACAAGCCAUAUGAGCUAUAAGAGACAUAUUUCAGGAUUCUCAGCAUUUGUUCUUCCAGAGCAGGAACAGCCUGAAGUCCACGCUGAAGCUCAUCCUGCUGGCAGCAUUUUUAAUUCAGAUUCAAUUCAUUUACGGCUCUCAUACAGUCACGUGUAGCCAAAUAUUUUAGUGACUGUAUGUGCAGUGAUAACUCUGUACAGAUCACCGUCUGCUGUUUCUUUAACUUAUGUUCACUCUAAGCACUUUGUUUGUCUUAUGCACAACUCCUUACUGUAAUACAUGUU